GGACGCAACAAUAGUUUAAAACAAUUGCUGCAAUUAAAAGAGCAGCACCAAAAACAAUAUAACCAAGUGAAGCAGCGACAAACGCUAGCAUACGCCACUCAGGCACAGUGCAAACUAAAGCAAAUUUUAAUUUUGUGGUGCGUCAUUUCGCGUUGAAAAAACUCAUAAUAUAAAAACGGAGCCACGAGCACUCAUCGAUUUUUAGCCGAAAAAAAUUGGAAGCUAAAUUUAAAGGAAAAGUUGAAAUUGCAGCAGCCGCAUUGCAAUUGACACAAGAAGACACCGAGUGUUGUAAAGUUCGAGAAAAGCAACAAAUCAGCAAAACUGCCGCGACCAUUGUACAAGAUUCGCUGCGAUGGCAACUUCAUCGAUAAUCGCCAAUAACACCAGCAACACAAUUAACGCGGGCUCCGCUGCCGCUGCCGUCAACGCUGCCACCGCCGCUGCCGUUGUAGUCACAUCGACACUGAGCACAAGGAAACGCACCUACGAGACAGCGAUUGCCAUGCCCGCCAUGGACUCCAAGCACCAGACGCUGACAACAACAUCAACGACCUCAUCAACCUCACGCACCUCAGCGAAAGCAUCGAAGGCAACAUCGAGCAGCAGCCUGGACGACGUGGUACUGGACAUUGCCGAGGAGCCACAGGCAGCAACCACAUUGCGCGAUUGCACGCGCACAAUCUCACAGAGCGAUGCCGAUGACGGCAACGAGGCGGCCACCUCACCCGACGACAUCCUGCCAUCCUCUGCCUCCGCUUCGACAGCAGCAGUUGCGAUGGGUGAUUAUCAUCUCAAUGGCUUGGGCGCCAGUGCCAAGCGUCAAUAUGUCCCACGUCCCCAAACACCUGCCGAAUUGGCGGCGGCGUCGUUAAACAGCCGUCAAACGUUCUACAGCAGCAGCGGCACAAGCGAUUUAGCGACUAUUUGCAAACCGGCGCCGUUCUCCUGCGAUGAGGAGGCCAUUCUGGAGCGCGAACGUUGCGAUUACACACACCGCAUCACCUAUCAGAUGGCACGCUCCGGGCAGACGGGUCGCCGGGUGCGCGUCUAUGCCGAUGGCAUCUAUGAUCUGUUCCAUCAGGGCCAUGCCAGGCAGCUGAUGCAGGCCAAGAACAUUUUCCCCAAUGUCUAUCUGAUUGUCGGCGUCUGCAACGAUGAGCUGACGCAUCGCAUGAAGGGACGCACUGUCAUGAAUGGCUUCGAGCGUUACGAAGGUGUUCGUCACUGUCGCUACGUCGACGAGAUUGUGCAGAAUGCUCCGUGGACGCUGUCGGAUGAGUUUAUCGCCGAUAACAAGAUUGACUUUGUGGCACACGAUGACAUUCCCUAUGGACACGACGGUCUGGAUGAUAUCUAUGGUCCACUGAAGGCACGCGGCAUGUUUGUGGCCACCGAGCGUACCGAGGGCGUUUCCACCUCGGACAUUGUGGCGCGCAUUGUCAAGGAUUAUGAUCUGUAUGUGCGUCGCAAUCUCGCACGUGGCUACUCCGCCAAGGAGCUUAACGUGUCGUUCCUAUCCGAGAAGAAGUUUCGUCUGCAGAACAAAAUGGAUGAACUCAAGUCGCGUGGCAAGCGCGAGUUGACCAAAGUCAAGGGCGACAUUAUCACCAAAUGGGAGGAGAAAUCUCGUGAAUUCAUUGACACAUUUCUGUUGCUCUUCGGUCGCGAACGUCUCAAUCACUUGUGGAACGAGUCAAAGGGCAAAUUAAUCCAGGCACUGAGUCCACCCGGCAGUCCGUCUGGUUCGGUUAAUGGCGAUGAUUUGGACGCGGAUGCCAACGAUUCGUCCGACGAGUACUUGGAGCUGCCCACGGAAUACAGCGGUGGCAGCAGUAGCUCACUGAAUGGGAAGAAACAACAUUCGACGUCGUCGCUGGCGCGGCGCAGCUAUCAGCAGACACGUUCAGGGGCAGCCUCUUCCUCCUCACCAGAUAACUACGAUAAUGAUGAUGAUGAUCAUGCUGCCGCCUUCGAUACAGAGUUCGUUGAACGGCGCAGUAAUUGAAUUAGUUGGGAAAACAACAGCAACAACAACUAAACCCUUUUUAGAUUUGGCUAGUCUAAAAGUUUCACGUCUUUCUCUAUCUCUGUCUGUCUCUUUAAGCUAAUUGUAUAUUUAUUAAAUUGUUUGUUCGGUGCGAAAAAAAAGAAAACAAAAACUUAAAACGAAAUGCAAUAUGGCACACACAAAGUUUGUUGUCGCCAUCUCCGGCAACACGAAAAAGAAGUAAUUGCAAUUUUCUAUAGCUGUAGCUCUAAAUGGUAUUUGUAAUCUGUUAGCUUUAGUUUGCACUAGCACUCGCUCCUAAUACCAAUUACCGAUCCCAGCCCGCCUCGAGAGAGUAGCCAAUUUAUUAGCCAAAUGGAGCAGCAUUCAUCAUUCACAACCAACAUGAAAGAAAGAAAAAAGAAAAGAAAAUCCAACGCAGAAGACUCAUUUUUUGUAUUAAGCCUUAAAGAUUGUGCGUGAAAGUAAAAGGAGCAAAAUAUAUAGAUAUAUUUAUAUUAAAUUAUUUCGCGUAACACCUUUAACUAUAAGUUCAACAACACAACACCAACAACUAAAAUACAUUAUUAAAUAAACAACAAUACACACAUUCGUAUCGUCAAAAAAUCCAAACAAAAACAAGAAAUGAAAAAAAUAUAAAUGCAAAAUACAGUUGCAAAAAUGCUUUGUUGAAUAUUUUUUGAAAAAUAAAAUUUGAAAGCAAAUA